UCAACACACUGGACCUAAGACUUGAAGAUAAGACUGUUACCAGAAUGUGGCAAGUUUUGGGUGGAGUUGGGUCUUUUGUGCACAUGACAGAUUUCCUCUUUGCAUUCCAACUUUGUAAUAGAAAACUUUCAUCUUUCAUGUUACAAAAGGCUAGAUUAAGAGCUAAGCUGAGGCCUGCGAGAUGGCUCAACAGGCCCAGGCAGCAAAGGAAAGACAGGACCCAGCAGUGGAAAACAGCAAAGACAAGGUUGCAGGCCUUGAAUGUGGCAAAGCAAGAACAAUGGACUUCAAGUUCAACAACUCCAGGAAGUACGUCUCCAUCACUGUGCCCUCCAAAACCCAGACAAUGUCGCCACACAUCAAGUCAGUUGAUGACAUUGUGGUGCUGGGCGUGAACCUCAGCAAGUUUAGCAAGCUCACGCAGUUCUUCAUAUGUGUUGCUGGAGUUUUUGUAUUUUACCUAAUUUAUGGAUACUUACAGGAGCUGAUAUUUUCAAUGGAAGGCUUUAAGCCUUAUGGCUGGUACCUUACUUUAGUGCAGUUUGCAUUUUACUCCAUAUUUGGCCUAAUAGAACUUCAGCUCGUUCAGGACAAAAGGAGAAGAAUACCAGGAAAAACCUACAUGAUAAUAGCUUUUCUAACUGUGGGUACUAUGGGCUUAUCAAACACUUCCUUGGGCUACCUGAAUUACCCCACCCAAGUCAUCUUCAAGUGCUGCAAACUGAUUCCUGUUAUGCUAGGAGGAGUUUUUAUUCAAGGAAAGCGGUACAACCUUGCAGAUGUGUCUGCUGCACUGUGCAUGAGCCUUGGCCUGAUCUGGUUUACUCUGGCUGACAGCACAAUUGCACCAAACUUUAAUCUGACAGGUGUGAUGCUUAUCUCCCUGGCGCUGUGUGCAGAUGCUGUCAUUGGGAACGUUCAGGAGAAAGCUAUGAAACUACACAAUGCUUCCAACUCUGAGAUGGUUUUGUAUUCAUACUCCAUCGGUUUUGUGUACAUUCUCCUGGGACUGUCAUGCACCAGUGGGCUAGGUGCCGCAGUGGCAUUUUGUUCAAAGAACCCUGUUCGAACCUAUGGCUUCGCCUUCCUGUUUUCACUCACUGGCUACUUUGGCAUUUCCUUUGUCCUGGCCCUGAUUAAAAUCUUUGGUGCUCUGCUUGCUGUAACAGUGACAACAGGAAGAAAAGCAAUGACCGUAGUCCUUUCAUUUAUAUUCUUUGCUAAACCAUUCACAUUUCAGUAUGUAUGGUCUGGCUUGUUGGUUGUCCUUGGCAUAUUUCUCAAUGUUUACAGCAAAAAUAUGGAUAAAAUAAGAUUGCCAUCCAUUUAUAAUCUGAUGAACAAAGCCCUGGACAUGAAAAAGUCAAGGACGUUGGCACAGACUGUGUAGGCACUGGUUAGCCUAUUUAAACUAGAACUCUGAGGGAACAAUCAAUAAUCAGUUGACUUUCCAAAGGCUUGUGAUAAAAACCAAAGGAUCUGAAGGCUGCUGCCUUAUGAGCAGAUUCCGUGGCUUCAGCCUCUACAGAACACACGCUUUUGACCAACUCUGAAAGACCAAGAGCCCACACCUAGGACAUGUUGGAAUAAAGUCACUCUGAAGGAAAGUGCUGAGAGCUGUGUCCUGAGCAUUUCACUGGAAACGGACUGUGGUGCAAGACCGAUGGAAAGUCUUCCAGCACGCAGCGCGGUGCUGUGCGGCGGUGUGCUGUUUCGUCUCCAUUCCAUUUUGGUGGUGUUAUUUAAAUUACUUCUCUGUUAUAAGAGUGAGCUGAUGAUUUAAGGUUUAGAGAAAAUAGCAUUCAUUUAUAAAUAAAAUUAUUCUGUGAUUUUUUUAAAUGAUGUUUAAUAAAAUUUGUUGUUGAGGAAAAUGAAGAUGGGAGGAAGGCUUAAUGAACACUUUAACACAUGGGUUUUCACUCAGAAGGUAAAAGUAUUCUGCUGUGUGCACAGGUGAAGUGCUUAAAGGAAGUGUGCUAGGGUUAUAGUGUACCACAGUGUUUGCCUUUCAUUUGGAUUUUUAAAAUUGAAGUUAACAUCUUAAGUUAUAUAAAAUUAUCCCAAUUCUUCAUAUAAGGAUGAAAUUUGAUUUGAAGGGUUGAGAUAAAGUGGGAUGAAUUUAAGAAACAUGGGUAUUUUUCCUCAGCUGCUAAUAAAAUCUCAGUUUGGAUAGCUGAGACAU